UUUUUUUUUUUUGUUUUAUUUGUGGUGUUGUUGCUCAGAUGGCUUGCACGUAGUCCGUAGUCCGCGGCGCGCACAUUCAUCAAUUGCCGGCGAUGGCAGACGGACGCACAGUGGAAAACGGUGGCGCAGGAGGAGCCGGAGCGUCCUCAUCAUCAACCAAAUCGGAUUCGGGAUCCCCUGCCCGGAGAUAUGUGAUCUUGGACUGCGAUGGAGGGAGCGACGAUGCCUGGGCUCUGCUCACGCUGCUCCAUGCGGCGGAGAGUCAUGGCAUCCACCUCCUGGCAGUCACCACGCUGGGAUGCGGCAACACCAGCAGGGAGAAUGCGGCACGCAACAUGCAGCGGAUACUGGUUGCCUGCAACCGAACAGACAUUCCCAUUUACAUGGGUGCCGUACACCCAUUGAUUCACUCUACGGAGGAUGACAAGAAGUAUUUCCACGGACGCGACGGAUUCGGCGACUGCCUCACCGACGACUGCGGUCCGGUGGAGAGUUUCGUUCGGCUGGAGCACGCGGUGACCGCCAUCCAUGAUAUCUGCCGUUCGAGGCCCAAACAGAUCACCGUUUUUGCCGUGGGCCCGCUGACCUUGAAUCUGGCCUUGGGCUACACCAUGUAUGGGGAUGAGUUUGGCGACAACUUCCGGGACCUGUUCAUCAUGGGCGGCAACUAUCAGGGCGUGGGCAACUCCACACGCUCGGCGGAGUUCAACUUUCACUCGGAUCCGGAGGCGGCGCAUACUGUGCUGCUAAAGACCCGCUGCCCCGUCACCAUCCUGCCAUGGGAGGCCUGUAUUUCUGAAAACUUCAACAUACCCAUCAAUUGGCGCCUGAAGGAAUUCGCUGCGAGGGCCAAGGAAGCCCGUCAUCCGGCGAUCACGAUGCUCAACCAGGUGGAAGCGGCCCAAUGGCUGCCGCUGAUCGAACAGUACGGCAUCGAUACGUGGAACCCCUGCGAUGCGCUCGUGGUGGCCGCCUGGCUCUUCAAUGAACGGAUGAUCCGCAAGCAGAGCUUCUGGCACGCGACCGUCGACCUGCGGGGCACCCACACCCGGGGACAAAUGGUGCUCGAUCAUCUGCGGGAGCGCGAGAAAUAUCCGGAAAACGUGCGUAUCAUUGAGUUGGUGGAUGCCGAGUUCUUCAAGAGGGUCUGCGAGUGGAUCGCGGGUUUGGAGGACGGGACAUCAUUGCUGAGCAACAACCAAUAAAUCAAUGACUGUA